ACGCAUGACCCAACAGGGGAAGAAGCACAGUGUGCACUCCGUUUGCCGGUAAAACGGUUCGGCUGACAUAAACGCGAGACGUCAGUUUUACCGUCAUCGGGCCUACUGCUCGCCGCGCGAUUAGGGUCGCGCCCGCAAUAAGUACUCUCGCGUUCCCUGUUUACGCGCACGCCACACCGAACACUUCCCGGCAAUAUUGUGUGAUCGAGUAUCGCUAAUACGAACGCGUGAAAACAGGGUAGCACAGCUGAGCCUCUCCCGACACAUGCAUCAUCAUCGCGGUGUCUGCCGCGAUGUUGCACGAGAUUCGACGAUAUUUUCCCGAGCACGUGGAUAAUACGUGCUGUGCUGUUACACUGCUAAAAUCCUGAGGGACGAACCGGAAAAUGUAUCGCACGGCCAAUCGAUAGAUAAAUGCGCCAUCGAGCUGCGGAAAACAGUCGGGAACCCUGUAGAGAUGAUCAUCGGAGAUGUGUAACCCUGUGCCGCAUCCUGCGUUCAGCCACCCUACCCAGAUUACACGAGUUAAUGGGAUAUCAUUCGGGAGCGCCGGGAAGGAGAUGACCGGAACAGUCGCGAUCGCACUUGUUGAACCAUUGUAAUCAUCUAUGGUUCAACCGAACCUAAUCCAGGCGAGAAGGAUGAAGAAGAGGCUGGUGCUCUGCUUCUUGUGCGCCGUCAUGUUAUUCCUGAUCAUGAUUUCGACGGACAACGAUUUCAUUCAACACGUGCCGUUCGUCAGCUUCCGCGAUCCUGGCCUCAUAAAUUGUUACGAAUUUCCGACCACGUCGAACAGUCUGCCGCAGUUCGAUCCAGAAUCAAUAUCGGACAAGCCGAUAAACGACAAGAACAUCUUCUUUCACGAAACAUCCUGUUUCGAAGAGGACGGCCUGACGCUGAACCCUCGACAGGCGUGCGCCGUGGAAUCAGCAGCGAAAAUGAACCCGAACAUGAGCGUCUACCUUUUCUUCCUCUCGCAAUCGGUGAUCUCGAACCAAUCGGUGGAGAUGUUCAGCCAGCUGCAGUCUUACCCAAAUAUCAAAAUCAGGCGCCUCUACCUGGAGGAGUACGUGAAGAAAACGGCGUUGGACCCGUGGUACAAGAUCGACGUGCUUAAAAAGAGCCUCUGGCCGAGGAGCCACACGUCGGACAUACUGAGAUACCUGACGUUAUGGAAGUUCGGGGGCAUUUAUUUGGACUUGGACGUCGUUGUAACUACGUCCCUGGAGCGUUUGAGCAACUUCGCCGGAGCAGAAGACUGGAACGACAUCGCUGCCGGAGUCAUGGGAUUUGACCUUAGCCCGUUAGGUCGACAAGUCGCUAACGCCUGCAUCAACGACUUGAAGAGCAACUUCCGUGGCGAUCUUUGGGGCAACAACGGCCCCGGUGUAGUCACCAGAACCUUGCAAAAGAUCUGCUCCACGAAACACAUCAGGGACAUGAGCACCAUUCGCUGUAAAGGUUUCAAGGUGUUCCCGCCGUCAACGUUCUACCCGGUGCACUACAAGAGAUGGAGACAGUACUUCGAGGCGAAAGAUAAGAACGCGACGAUGAAGAUGUUGAAAAAAGCGAUGACUAUUCACGUGUGGAAUAAACUGAGUCAAUCGCAGCAGGUUCGUGUGAACAGUGACGUCCCGUACGCUAUUAUCGCGAGGAAACAUUGUCCGCGGGUCUUCAAGAAUUGUGGAGACACAUUCUGAUGGAGUAUGUGUGGCUGUGGCCAGCGCUACGAAUUAACCUACUGCCGUAAAUUAUAACAUCGCGUGGAAGUCAUCGAUCGCGAAUCAUUUAAGGGACCUAAACGGGGAGAAAAUCAGAAAGAUCGAUUCUAAAAGUAAUAAAUUUAUAAACUAGUA